AUGUUGGAUUGUUCAACUCAAUUCCGCCUGCAGAAGGCAAACCAAGGUCCGGUUUCCAUCUCUCGUGAGGGUCAAUCGAGGUUAUCAGAGAUAAGCACCCAACAGACCACACCUACCUUAUUGCCCAAUAUGUCCCACACAUUUGCCCUCCUCCCUUGUCUACCCUAG